UCAAAAUAGUCUUAAAUGGGUUCGAUUUCGGAUCUAAAUUCGAUAGAAUCAUCUGAACCAACUCGUUUCCUUCGGUUCGGGUUCUAAAUCUGACCAAACCGAAAUAAGUCGUCACCCCGAACCCUCCACUGGCCCCUCGCUGGUCGCUACGUAAGUCUGUCCACGAAACAGCCUUUCGAGCCAAGGGAAAUUACGCUACGAUUCAACACACGAGUGGAGCCCCGCCGCGCCCAACGGCUAUAUUCCUCCAGUCUAAUAACUACAAUCAACACCACUGUCUCCGCCACAGGAGCACACGCUCCUGUAACGGUCACCUCGCGCUGCCUCCUCCCCCCUUCCCCGCCGCAUUAAACACCGUGUACACACUCUCUUGCCCUCUCCUGCUCGCUGAUCUCUCUCCCUCCUUUUGUCCCUCUUUGCUUGAUUCGCGAAACCUGAAAGAGAAAUCAGAGAUGGAAGCGGCGAAGGUGCAGCACGUGAGCAAGGCGUCGUCCGACGAGCUCCUCCGCAAGUUCGCCGAGAUCGACGCCGAUCCCCCGGCGCGCGCCCCCGCCCACCUCCUCCGCGGGCCGAUCGUCGUCCGGAAGAAGUCCCGGCGCGCCGUCUCGGCCCUCUCCGCUCGGGAACUCUCCUCCCCCAGCGACGAGGCGAUCAGGGCGACGAGGAGGAGGAGGAGGAGGAGCAGCGGCGGGUUGGGGGAGUGGAAGUCCCUCCUUCCCAUCUCCAACCGCAGGCCCGCGUCCCUGCUCCGUAGGAUGGGGAUCCGACGGUCGGAGGAUGGCGGCGCCUCCGGUAUCGCGCUCUUUCUCGCCGCCGCCCUCGAAAAGACUUGGCGAAAGACUGUGGAAGGUGCAUCGAAGAUGUUCGUAGAAAAGCAGCGCCAGAAUCACGUUCGUCUUAUCAGCGACAUGGUCUAGAUCGGAUCACAGUAUAAACCCUCUAAAUCCCUAUUCUUUUCCUCUCAAUUCCAUAUCUUGAUCCAAGUAAAGGCCUUGUUUCUGCAAUGUUGCCCUAGAAGGAGUCAUUUCAUUUACUGCAGAUGAAAUUUGUGUUCCUAGCUUCUAUUCUCGUACAUCAUGAUGUAGGAUAAUGUAGAAAUUAUGAAACUUGUGCACUAGAUUUGACUAAUGCAUAUAUAUUUGGAACAAUUUUUAUUGAA